AUGGCUGGAAGCUCUGAAAAACCCACUCCGAACAAGUCGAAAUCAGGUUCUCGUGAGGGAGCAAGCACUUCGGAUGGUCCAGUUACACAGAACAAAAUCGAUCCAUGGAUCGCUUCACAGUCUUACUACCAUGGAUACUUGCCAAGACAAGACAUCCCCUCAAUACUCUCGCAACACGGCGAUUUUUUGGUGCGAUCUACGGAGGUGCUUCACGUUUGA